AUGGCGGGACCCCAGGAUCCAGGUGAGUGGCGUCCAGAUUUCCAGGUGCGGGCCACACUGGGCUUCCUAGGCACAGGGUCAUUUCAGAGGGAGCUGGCCAACCGAUUGGGACUGUGUCAGUGGAAGCUGAGGCGAGCCAUGCUAGCUGUGUGGGGUGGAACUACCCGAAUACUGUACAAGCUGCUUCACAACGACACUAAGUGGCAGUGGUGAGAGGAGCAGGAGGGAGCUUGUAGGGAAAUGAAAGAACUCCUCCACUCAGCGACGCUCCUAGUUCCCUUUGACCCAGAUAAGGAAAUAACCCUUUCAUUCGACGCUUCGCCAUAUGGUGUUUGGGCAGAUCUUUCACACAUUAUGGACGAUGGGUCCGAAAAGCCGGUUGGUUUUGUUUUACGUACGCUGACAGCAGCGGAGAAGGGAUACUCUCAGCUGGACAAAGAGGGCCUAGCCAUUGUCUUUGCUGUCAAGUGCUUUCAUCAGUAUCUCUAUGGCCGUGCAUUCAAAAUCUAUACGGACCAUAAGCCACCGAUGAGACUGUUUAGCAAGACCAAAUGUAUCCCGCCACUAGCCUCAGCCAGGAUACAGCGCUGGGUGCUCACACUGUCAGCCUACCCGUACACCAUAGUGUACAGAGCGGGUAAGGACAAUGCAAACGCAGACGCGCUGAGUCGGCUGCCAUUACUGGAAACACCCGCUGUGACACAUGUACCUCCAGAGACUGUUUUCAUAUUGGAGAGGCUGGCAGACACACCUGUAAAAGCCUCCUGCAUAAAGCAGUGGACAGAGAGGGACCCAGUCCUGUUCCAAGUCAAAACUUUCCUUUUGCAGGAUUGGCCCAGUGUGGUGGAAGGAGAGGAGUUGAGGCCUUAUGCUAAAUGCAAAACAGAGCUGAGUCUGCGGGAUGGCUGCAUCUUUUGGGGUGCGAGGGUCAUCGUGCCUCCCCCAGGUUGUGCACGGAUCAUGGACGAAUUACAUGAGUCUCAUCCAGGGGUAUCGCAGAUAAAAAGCCUUGCAAGAUCCUAUGUCUGGUGGCUGAGACUGGAUCAGGAUCUGGAGAACAAGGUGAGAACAUGCACUCAUUGUCAGUCCAAUCAGAACAUGCCUCAACCAGCCCCCUUGCACCCAUGGGAGUGGCCAGACAGGUUUCAUUUGGACUUUGUUGGUCCGUUCAAGGGGCAGAUGUUUCUUAUAAUGGUAGAUGCACACUCUGAGUGGAUAGAGGCCCACAUCAUGAGCAACAUUACAGCCCCCACAACCAUUGAAAAACUCAGGCAAGUGUUUGCAGUACAUGGUUUGCCUGACAGAGUAGUCACUGAUAAUGGCCCAACAUUCACCAGCGAGCUGUUCAGUGAGUUCAUGCAACAGAAUGGCAUUCAUCACAUACGGACAGCUCCUUUUCACCCCGCCUCAAAUGGAUUGGCCGAGCGGGCUGUCCAAACAGUGAAGGAGGGCCUGAAGCGGAUGACAGGAGAUUCGCUCAGCACUCAGCUUUCUCGUUUCCUGUUUAAAUGCUGCCUCACACCACAAACUACAACGGGACGUGCGCCAGCGGAGAUGCUGAUGGGGCGUAGGCCCAAGUCGAGGUUGGACCUGCUGUGUCCAGACAUGAAGGCAAAAAUGGAGGGAAAGCAGGAAAAGCAGAAAGACCGACAUGAUCAACAUGCACGGGACAGACAGCUGAAAACAGAUGACUGUGUCUACGUGAGGAACUUCAGCAGCAAUAACAACCACCAGUGGCUACCUGGAGUUGUUCUCAAGCGUAGUGGGCCAGUCUCCUAUGUUUUUAAGUUGACGGAUGGACGGAUUUUCUGCAGACAUCAGGAUCAUGUACGCUUGUGGCAUGAUACAGUUGUGGAGAAAGACAGUGUUGCAGAGUUUCCAGUGGUGAGACCAACAACUGUGGAGGUGGGUCAACCAGGGAGAGAGACACAGACAGAGGUUUCUAAGUCAUCCAGAGAGGAAGAACCCUCUCACACUGACACCCAGACCCCUCUCAGUGUCACAACACCAGAGCCACCCAAAACAUCUAUACCAGUAGGGAGUGCUGGGUCAUAG